CCUGUUCCUGAACUGCCGUUACUUUCCGGGCACCUCAUCCCUCGUCCCAUCCUUCAGCCUAGCAUAGUAGCACUGCUGCAUGCCAUCCCACACCUUUCCUAUCCGAGGAACUUGUCAAGCUUGCCCGCGAAAUCGAUUAUUGGCCAUGGCACACAGCCGAAUCCCGCCUAUCCAUCAUUUCAUCCUCUCAUUAAACUCUGCAUCCCUUGGAGCCUCUCCACAACUCAUCCCAACACGGCCCCAAAUAUUGCUUGCUCGAAAGCUUGUCAGGGCAAACUCUCUCUUCAGUCAGGUAGGUCCAAGGGUGAGGUUACAUUGUCGACCCCAGUUCUUCUCCCUCCCACUGUCGUCGGAACCCACAAAUCCUCCUCACACGCAAUCACGCGCUAUCGCGCACCCCCCCGCUUCUCCCAUCCUUGCAGGCACUAUGCCUGGGACUUCUCCAAUCUUCGACCACUGUGCGCGCGAGCCUCUCGCCCCGGGCGUCCCAGGGGGUGGGGCACCAGUGGGCAACAUGGAGAUUGAAGUUGAGCGGCACAGUGGAAACAAAAGUCCAGCGCAGUUCGUGGGCAAGCUCCACCGGCACACGGCCGACCCAGCAACACACACACAAAGCUCUUCCAGCCCAUCCAUCCCUCCGCGUCCCCCUAUCUCUCGCAAUUGGGGGGAGGCGUCAUUCCGGACUGACACAAUCAUGAAUUUCACCCAUUUGCUACCUAGCCUCUCCAUAAAAACGCUUCUCGGGGCCGAUUACUCUCUCGCUCGCUCGCUCUCGCCAACCCAGACAAGCAAAACUCCCCUGGUAUUCCCCUGGUCCCGUGCCUAGCCGGCCCCAUCAAUGGCACGGGUAAACGUAGCAUAGUGUUCUCUUUGCGUAGGAUGGCUUCGAGAUGGCAGAAUAACACCUGCAUACUACACAACAGGUACCAUGUCUGAUCAUCAAGGUACGCUGGCCGUUACGGUGACGGGACCCGCAC